AUGACUCCAUCUCUUGAGGACCUUGCGCCUGUUGCCCCUGCUGUCGUUAUCGACGUUCCACAGAGCUUCAACUAUGGGCCUACCGUUCUUCAGCCAGCUCUUCACCCGUCUAACGGAGCAGCCAAGAGUGGCGGUUACGCCCCUACUCAGGAGAAUGAUACCAAUGAUACCGCCUUCAAAGAUCCCCCUGCUCCACCUCUGGAUGCCUUGAAAGAGUUCACUGGAACUUUUAGUGGUUUCGGCUUCAACACAAUCUUUAGACCUCUGAGCUCUAACCCCAAAACCGUAACAAAUUUUCACAAGAAGCCUACCGAUAAUCAAACAAGUAACCUCCUGCAACUCAACCUGACUGGUGAAACCCAAGUGUUUGGCGAUAUACUGAAAAGUGUACCCAACCGUGGGCUGUUCGGCCAGGCUGAUAUCACUCUCACUGCGCCAGAAGGGCAGCCUAAACCAGCAGACCCUCCGGCCAUUCACUUUGAGCCCGGACUUUGGAUGCGCGUGCCUGAGGUCGAGGACAUGCCCAAGCUUCCAAUCUCCUUUUGUCGUAUGGGAUCUAUCCCCCAUGGUACAACCAUCAAUGCCCAAGGUUUUGGAGAUUCCAAAACCUGCAAGGGCGCGCCCGAUAUUCCUCCCACCGAUAUUACCCCAAUUCUGAUUGAUCCGAUCGGGAUUCCUCCAAUUGUUGACCCUCACACUUCUUCUAAGCUUCAGAAGAAGAAGCAACGUUUCUUCAACCAGGAUGCCGACAAUGACGCUACUCGCCGUCUACCGCAAGAUCUAAAGCCCUUCAUCGCCAAUGGAACUAUCACGCAACAAAUCAUUGAUGAUCCAAACACUAUCCUGAGACAGGCCAACGAAGGAAAGGAUAUCAUCGAGAACACCAUGUUUUUCGUCUCUACUAAUGCUCCACCCGAUAAAUUUGGUGGCGGAACAAGCAACAUCGGUUUCAACAUCGGUGCAGAUGAAGGCAAACAGAAAACUGGAAACGACAAGGGCAAUGCCAACGCUGUUGAUGUGAUAGCUCAAUACUGGGUUUCAAAGAUCCGUGCUGAGAUUAAACUUGAUCCAUCUAUGAAGGUUGGCUCAACGGUUUCUCCUGCUGCCCAAGGUCCCAGAGAUGCUGUGCCAGAGUUUUUCCUUGAUGUGGAGGUUGAUAGACCAAAGACUGUCACUAUCAUCUAUACCCAGAUUCAGUACUCUCAGGUUGUUAUGCUUGAUUUCAACGCUAUCAAGUGGCCACAUGUCACGGUUGCAACACUUUCACCAAGUGUCCAACUCGAAAAGCCUAUACUUUCUUCUGCUAUAGAGGCUAGGUUUUAG